AUGUCAGCAUUCGCUAACACUCCAGAAGCUCCUCCGGAUGCCAUUUUCGGUGUCGCUACAAAGUACAACGCUUCCAAGCUCGAGAAGAAGGCCCUUCUCUCUGUAGGCGUUUAUCGUACAGAAGAUGGCAAGCCAUACGUCUUCCCAUGCGUCCGCAAAGCUGAAGAAAAGAUGCUUGGAAAGCACAGCAAGGACUACCUUCCAAUGACAGGAGAUGCCGCUUUCGUUAAGGCAGCUCGUGAAUUCCUUUGGGGCCCAGUUCUCCCAGAAAUCGCCGCCAGAACAACAUCAGUCCAAUCAUGCGCUGGUACUGGUGCUCUCUAUAUGGUUGCAAGAUUCGCCAAGGACCAUCUUAAGUGCCCAAUGGUUCUUCUCUCCAACCCAACAUGGGCAAACCAUAAGGCUAUCUUCGGCGAGCAGGGACUCAAGCUCGGAACAUAUGCUUGGGCUAAGGAUUGCAGACUCGAUUGCGAUGCUUGCGUUAAGUCAUUAGAAGAAGCUCCAGAGGGCUGCCUUGUUCUUCUUCAGGCUUGCGCUCAUAACCCAACAGGUAUCGACCCAACACCUGAGCAGUGGCAGAAGAUCUUAGGGGCAAUCAAGGCAAGAAAGCACAUUGCAUGCUUCGACUUCGCCUACAUGGGCUGGGCUUCUGGUGAUCCAGACACAGAUGCCUCCGUUGUCCGUAACUUUGCCAAGGACGGAAACUUCUUCUUCGUUUGCUUCUCAUUCUCAAAGUGCAUGGGACUUUACGGAGAACGUACAGGCUGCGCUCACUGCGUCUGCGCUAAUGAGCAAGAAGCUAAGUGCGUUGGCUCUCAGUUUGCUACAAUUGGCAGAUUCACAUACUCUGUUUGCCCACAGAAUGGUUCUUACAUUGCCACAGAAGUUAUCAACGAUCCAGAACUUCACAAGGAAUGGCUUGAAGAACUCAAAGAGAUCUCAAAGAGAGUUAUCGACAUCCGUGCCAAGUUCGUUCAGCUUCUCGAGCAGAAGACUGGAAAGUCCUUCGAUUUCAUCGCUCAGCAAAAGGGUAUGUUCGCUCUUACAGGCUUAACUCCAGAUGAAGUUAAGAUCCUUGGCGAUGAGGAAGGAGUUUUCAUCCCAUCAAAUGGCCGUAUCUCAGUCCCAGCUCUCAACAACUCCAAUGUCGAGUUUGUCGCCCAAGCUGUUGCAAAUGUCGUUGCAAAGCGUAAGUAA